GUGCGACGCGCCUCGUGGCUCCCUCAAUGCAAAAACCAACACCGCAACGUUGUAGACACAUUUUAGACAUUCAUUAUGAUCCCCGGGUUACAGUACAGAAAUCCCAAAUGCGCAGCACCAGUGCCACCGAACAAAAAUGAAACAACCAUAUCCCUGCCGACGCCUGGAAAGUGCAUAAACGGCGCUAAUGCCCCCUUUCAUCCAACUGCUCGUCACCUCUUUUGCCUGACUCCAUCCCAAAGUUCAUCAAAUUAACAACUCCAGUGUCGCAAAUGCCAGACCACACCGUCUCAAACGAGACAAGCAAAGAGGUAUCACGAGUCAAUCCGCCCACCCCGAACUCCU